AACAUUGUACACGAAGAAGAAGAGGAGGAGCAGAUCAGAUCUGUCUCGAAGAGGGGGGGGUGAGAGACGAAGAAGAGGAAGAAAGCCAAGAUGCAGUACAAGAACUUGGGGCGAUCGGGGUUGAAGGUGAGCCAGCUCUCGUACGGGGCGUGGGUCACGUUCGGGAACCAGGUCGAUGUCAAGGAGGCGAAGAUCCUGCUGCAGUGCUGCCGCGACCACGGCGUGAACUUCUUCGACAACGCCGAGGUCUACGCCAACGGCCGAGCGGAGGAGAUCAUGGGCCAGGCCAUCCGCGAGCUCGGUUGGCGCCGGUCCGACAUUGUCGUGUCCACCAAGAUCUUCUGGGGCGGCCCCGGUCCCAACGACAAGGGCCUCUCCCGGAAGCACCUCGUCGAGGGCACCCGCGCCUCCCUCCGCCGCCUCGACAUGGACUACGUCGACGUCGUCUUGUGCCACCGCCCUGACGCCGCCACCCCCAUCGAGGAGACCGUCCGCGCCAUGAACCAUAUCAUCGACAAGGGCUGGGCAUUCUACUGGGGCACUUCCGAGUGGUCCGCCCAGCAGAUCACUGAGGCCUGGGCCAUCGCCUCCCGCCUCGACCUCGUCGGCCCUGUCGUCGAGCAGCCCGAGUACAACCUCCUCUCUCGGCACAAGGUUGAAGUAGAAUACCUUCCUCUGUACAGCACGUAUGGCCUGGGUCUCACCACAUGGAGUCCAUUAGCAUCGGGAGUGCUGACUGGGAAAUACAGUAAAGGAAAUGUACCUGCUGACAGUCGGUUUGCACUUGAGAAUUACAAGAAUCUUGCAAGCAGAUCACUGGUUAACGACACACUAAGAAAAGUAAAUGGACUGAAGCCAAUUGCAGAUGAACUAGGAGUUCCCUUAUCUCAACUUGCGAUUGCUUGGUGUGCAUCAAAUCCACAUGUUUCAUCAGUAAUAACUGGUGCCACCAAGGAGAGUCAGAUUGUAGAGAACAUGAAGGCUCUUGAGGUCAUUCCCAAGCUGACACCUGACGUACUUGAAAGGAUAGAGGCAAUCAUUCAAAGCAAACCCAAGCGCCCAGAAUCAUACAGGUGAUUCCAUAUUGAAAUAUUCUUCUCAUCUUUUCUUGCAAUUUCGUGGAGAAUGAUAUUUGCUCUGAAGUCUGGGAAUGUGAGUAUUUAUUAUGCAGUUGUGAUGUUUUUGUGGGUCACUACAGUCGGUCUUGUUGAACUUUGAACUUGUUCUGGUUUCUAUCAAAGAUUUUUAUUAAAACCGGUUAUGAAGACAAGUUUGAUUUAUUAAUGUUGUGGAGGAACCAUAAACUCCUUUUGGAUUUUCUCUGGUGUAUCAAAUUUGUUUCAUUGGAACUGGUUAUGAAGACAAUUGAUUUAUCAAUGUUGAUGCUACUGGACUA